GAAAUGAAAUAUAUCAAUGCAGUUAUUAAAGAAUCCUUACGAAUUCAUCCUCCAGCUACAAAAAUAAUCCCUCGAAAACUAACAAAGCCAAUGAAAAUUGGUCCUUAUCUUAUACCAGCGAACAUAAUAUGUACAACAAAUAUUUGGCAAAUUAAUCAUGAUCCAAAAUAUUGGGAAAAUCCUGAACAAUACAAUCCUGAAAGAUUUUUAAAUAAUGAAAAGAUUCACCCAUUUUCUUGGAUUCCAUUUUCGACUGGUGUAAGAAAUUGUAUUGGUCAAAACUUUUCUUUGAUGGAGCAAAGAGUUAUCCUUUCAAUGCUUUUGCUUAAAUAUAAUUGGACCCUUCCUAAAAAUAGCAUUAAUAAGAACAAGUUGUUGCUUGAGCCUCAAAAUUUAUUAAGACCUAUUGAUCUAAAACUUGUAUUUACUGAAAGAAAUACAUAG